AUGGAAGGACUGUACCGUGUACCGGGAAAUCAAGCUCAAUUGAGCGAGCUGGAGAAGGCAUUUCGAGAGAAGGGUGAUGUGGAUAUUGCCAGUCUCGACAUGCCAGUGCACGUCGUUGCGACUGCGGUGAAGAACUUCUUCAGUUGUUUGGCAGAACCGUUGAUACCAACGGAGUUACAUCAGGACAUUCUGGACUGUAUGAAUGAAUCUGAGGUAGUUGAGCGACUGCAUGCAGUGAUGAGUCGAUUGACACCAGUGAAUCGCAACGUUCUCAUAUAUUUCACAUCUCAUUUACAAAGAGUCGCCUCUUCACCAAGCACCGCAAUGGAUAUGCAAAAUCUUUCAAAAGUUCUUUUUCCUACUUUGUUCAGGUAA